AGUCCGGGGAAGAGAGGUAGCCUUCGGUGUAUCAGUGAUGGAGUGAUGGGAGGAGUUGGAUAUGGGUCAUGGUGGCGUAGACUUUCUCGGGGGGCUUGUGGUCGGGUCGUCGAGAGAGGCCAUCAGCAACGCGGUUGCUUUUGUCGGGGGUAUGGCAAAUGGUGAAUGUGAACUGGGGAAGGAAGUCGAGCCAUCAGGCUUGGCAUGGGGUGAUGUCUUUCUUGGUGAGGAUGGAAGAAACGGUGGUGUUGUCAAUGCAGAUGGUGAAGUAUUGCCCGUCGAGGUACGGGCGCCAGACUGUGAGGGCGUGAACCACGACGAGGAGUUCCUUCUCGUUGGAGGGGUAAUUCAUCUCCGCGGGAAGGAGCUUCUUGCUUGCGAAGGCGAUUGGGUAUUCGCCGGGUGGAGCCUCGGGUAUCGAGAGGACUUGGCGAAUGUGUUGAAGGUGGGACUCGAAGGUGGGGCUAAAGAUGAGGAUGUCAUCAAGGUACACGACGACACAGACUUCGAGGAGGUCACGGAAGAUGUGGUUCAUGGWGGACUGGAAUGUGGCGRRGGCAUUGGUGAGUCYGAAAGGCAUUAUGAGGAACYCGUAGUGCCCGAMYYGAGAGCGGAAUGCGGUCUUGUGGGUSUCCUCYUCGCRGAUACGGAUCUGGUGGAAGCCACUGCGGAGGUCGAUCUUGGUGAAAUAUUUGGCUCCACGGAGGCGAUCAAGAAGUUCAGAUAUCCGGGGGAGUGGGUACUUGUUCUUGACUGUGAUCCGGUUCAAGGCACAGUAGUCUGUGCACAUGUGGAGUUCCGAGGUGCCGUUCUUCUUGACGAAGAUGCAACUGGUUCCGAAGGGGGAGGAACUAGGCUUAAUGAAUCAUUUAUCAAGGAGUUCAUUGAGCUGGCGCUUCAUUUCUUCGGCCUCGGGGACGGAGAGUUGGUACGAAGGGCGGCAAGGAGGAGAAUGGCUGGGCUCGAGAUCAAUGGUGUGGGAUACACCUCGAUCGGGAGGGGUGAUGUUAUGGAAAAAGCGGGGCCGGGAGGGAGCGGGCGUGGAUUGGUGAUGGGGGUGGAGGAGUCGAUCGUGGUGAAGCAUGCGAGAGAGGAGGUCAGCAAGGGGCAUGUCGGGUUCGUGGGCGAGGGCAGUUGCAAGAUCUUUGUGGCAUACUCGCUUGAUGCGCGAGAUGAACGCAAAGUCGGGAAUGACGGUGGUGGGGAGGUGAUGGCGGAGUGAGUGGAUGUAUUGGACGAAGCGGUCCGUGGGACCGGUCUGGCGGAGGUGACAUAAUUGUUCUAGGUAG